ACUCAUCAGUGGUGAGACAAAGACGGAGAGCGAUUGAUCGUCUGUGCUUUUCUAACCUACUGUCUCUUGGGAAGAAAAUAGAGUGAACAAAAGCCGUGCACGCUUUGCCGUUACCGUAAAGACGGAUGUAGUGUAUACACAUUUUCUCAGGGAGCGCGACGGAAAAAGCGUUCCGGCGUAACCGGCCCGAUGACCAUUCUCAGAUGGCACAUCAAUAUUCAGUUGCAAAGAGUAUCUAUGGCGUGCUCAUUCUUAGAGGUUUCCUUUUAACCUUGAAUUUGGAUUUUCGCGUUUUUGCCGCACGAGGUCUUCAAGAUCAAUUUUAGCAGACGACGGUGAGUGUAGCAGACAGCAGCGUGUAACAGCGUGUAACAGCGUCACUCGUUGGCGCUUGGUAGAGUGAACGUUUGAAUCGGUAGGAGAGCAAAUACACGUUCGAAUUACGACGUGAGAUCGUUUAUUAUUGAACAAACGAACGGAGGUUCAUAUUUUCUUACAAUGGAUCCUGAGGCAUUCUUGGACAUGGCUAAUCAGGUCAUUAAGCUGAAAAUGUUCCCAUACUUCGACAUUGCACACUGCGUACUGUGCACGCUCCAUGUCAGGGAAGAUCUAGGACCCGGUGCCCAAACUUUUUCUCGAAAACAUCCUUUAUCAUGUUGGCUGUCUACGAUGCUGGUUGUUUUUGCAAGUGGUAUGCUAUGCAAUGGAUUAUUAGGAGAACCAAUUCUUGCACCACUAAAAAAUAGUCCGCAAGUAAUAGUUGCAACUAUUGUUUGGUAUGUGAUUUUUUACACACCAUUUGAUAUUGGUUAUAAAAUAGCAAAAUUUUUACCAGUAAAAAUAGUGUGUGCAGCUAUGAAGGAAAUUUAUAGAUGUAAAAAAGUAUAUGACGGUGUUACUCAUGCAGGAAAACUUUACCCAAACGCAUAUCUUAUUAUGAUAUUGAUAGGAACCUUGAAAGGUAAUGGAGCUGGAUUUACCAAAUUAUUUGAACGUCUUAUACGUGGCGUAUGGACACCGACAGCGAUGGAAUUUAUGCAACCUAGUUUCCCUACAAAAGCAUCUAUGGUUGCAUCAAUUAUCUUUGUAUUAGAUAAAAAGACUGAUCUUAUUUCUGCACCUCAUGCCCUUGUGUAUUUUGGUAUUGUCAUCUUUUUCGUUUAUUUCAAGUUAUCAUCAAUUUUACUUGGCAUUCAUGAUCCAUUUGUGCCAUUUGAAAAUCUAUUUUGUGCCUUGUUCCUGGGAGGAAUUUGGGAUUCUCUAGCUAAAUUAUUGGGACAUGGUCAAGCUAAAGAUGAGAAGACGGAUGCUAAGAAGACAAAUUAAAUAAUAGUAGAAGAAAUCUG